UCUAGCUCUAGAAAAGGUGCGCUGAGUUGACACCGAAGAUCGCGAUCUUGUCCCGAACCGACGACCAGGCGCAGUUGGAGGCAACAUUAUCACAAUUGGAGAAGUCACCAUGAAGCUGCACCAUCCCUCCUAUCUUCUUCUUUUUCUCGUAGUAUCCCCUCUUGUGGAUGCUUUGAAGACUCCGUCGCCAGUAUCAGGGAUCAGUGCGCUGAACGUACCAAGAGGAGGCGGUCUACCCAGUGUCAAGCCCCAACACAUGAUCAAGGUUUUCUGUGGAUUCUACGCUCUCAACGGUGCCCUCAGCUUUCCGGCACCCGAGUCUGCCAAGGACUUUGCCUUGAUUGAAGGCACCGAUGACUAUGUCGUCUUUGAAAAUCUAGGAGCCAUCUCGUUGUCGUACGCUUCCUUGGUGUACUUUUUGAAAUUCAAGGGACUUUCCAUGGCAGUACCCAAGAUGGUGGCUCUGUCCAGUCUGCCCCUGGCAUAUGUCUCCUACAAGAACAUGCUCAAGGGCAUCACACACAAAAUGACGGGAUCCAACUUGCAUGGACCCAUUAAUACGCUGUUUUGGGUGUCCUGCAUUUACGCCAUCUUGUCGUCCAAGGUGGCCGACCCGGUCCUCCUUGCCAAGGUCAUGGCCCUUCCUCCUCUCGCCAUUGGCACCAUCAGUCAGUUCGAUCAAGAGUUGGCUCGAAAGAUUGGUGGAUUCAACGCCGGAGUAGUUUCCAAAAAGGGAAAAUCCAUCUUUGUGUGGUAUGCAGCUCUCAUGGCAGGGUGGGGUGCUCUCAUUCUCAUGACGUUGCAAUUGAAACUUUCUGCCAUGGAUGCCAUUGGUCGGGCCGCGGUAUUGGAAACGCUCUUCAUGGUGGACUGCAUCUGGAUCCGUAAAUGGAACAUUGGUGUCGCGCCAGAUGCGAGCAACUACGUCUUUUUGGGGAUACCGCUUCUGACUGCCGUGACAAUCUUUUUGAACAAAUAGGUAGCAUGUAUUGAAGAGAGGAAGAAGAAUAAAUGAGCACAACCGGCAGUCUGCGUAGCAACAUAAUCUAGAUUGCUCAAUGUACCCGUGCUGGUGCAUCAACUCGGAAUCUAAGCAUGUAAUCCAAUGGGUGGAGGAUGGGGCACCUGAGAUGGU